AUGCAUGUGGUCCUUACUAUUCUUGUGCUGCUAAUGGAUGUUACUGGAUACUUCCAAUCGGACGGCCGAGCCAUCAUGGUCGAACCGCCACACAGGUCGAGUUUGUGGCGAUUCCGCUACCCGACCCAUGUCAACUCAGAGGACGACCUACUGAACUGUGGAGGAUUUGACGUACAAUGGUUACAAAAUGGCGGACGUUGUGGAGUGUGCGGGGACCCGGCCUCUGGUCCACAGCAACACGAUGACAACGGUCACUACGCUAGCGGUAUCACAGUCCGGUCCUACAAUCAAGGAGGUUCCGUAAACGUCACAGUCGAGGUGCUAAGUAAUCUACUAGGUUAUUUUGAAUUUCGACUUUGUCCUCGUAAUAGUACCAGCUUCAAACUAACACAGGAGUGUUUCGAGCAAAACGUGUUGUGGAUUGAGGAGUCUUGGAGUACUCGGUUCUACGUGGGCAGUCGUGGCGGCAUCUAUGAUCUCCACGUGAAGUUACCCUCCAAUAUUGCCUGUAGCCAUUGUGUGUUUCAGUGGAAAUACAGUACAGGUUACAGGAUGGGAGGUAUUAAUCGAUGUGAGUGUAUGGGAUGUGGGAAACAGGAGCAGAUCUACAACUGUGCUGAUGUGGCGAUCACCCCUAACCCAGGUACAGCCACCUCACAGCCGUUUGGAUUCAUACCAGUUAAACCUAGUCCUACAUUUCUAUCGUCGCCCGAGAACCAAUCCUAUAUAUUCCGACAAAGACUACGGGAACAUCUUCCUGUGUUUCCCUGGCCUAACGGUCUACUUAUUCCACAUAACAUGAUGGAGCCAUCCUCUACUCUCGGUAGAUAUGAUAGCUCUGAAAACGGACAUAGAGAAAAUGGCGUCCAUACUGGUGUGAUCAACAGAAUGUUGUUAGAUGAAUUAAACAAUAAUACCCCUUUACCAGAUAUAAAGGGUAUCGACUUAAGUCGCUUUCUUCCUGGUAUCCUGCCAUCCAUUAACUUUACUGCUACCUUUAGUCCUCAGCAACGAGGAAAUUUUACCGAAACGACAUCCUUAAACCGUGUUAUCCAAUCCAAAACACGACAUCUAAUGAAAUCCACGCCAUCUGGUGUUUACAUGUCAUCUACCACUACUCCAGCAAGUCCAGUCCUGGACUUUAGGAAGUGGAACUUUACAGAAUAUUCCGCAAAGUCAUCACAAAACGACACUAGUCCCACAGACAAGAUCAAUAACACAGGCUACACAUCCGGGGACUCUAUCUUAUAUCCCCUCUUUACACCAACUCAAAAGAUUCCUACACUUCCUCCGAGAAAUACAACAUGUGAUGUUAUGUCGCCGACUUUUAGAUGUAAAGGAAUUGGGCAGCAUUCUGACACACCUGAUAUAGAAAACUGGUGUUUGGUGAACUGCAGGGCAGGAAACUGUGUAAAGGACAUAUGUUUGUGUGGUUGUGGAACCCUCCAUGACCCACAACGUCAUUUCUGUCACGGUGUUGGGGUGUUCGCAAGUAUACCGGGGAUGAACACGUGGUGCAGAACUGUAUGUGUCAAACAGAGAUGUCCUGCUAACAUCUGUGAUGUCAAAACCUGUCUCACAUAG